GAUCCGGAUCUGUGCGCAGUGACCCGGGAGCCCGCGGCGCGGACGGCGCAGACGCCGGGCGGCUCGGCAGCCGGGGCUACCGGCGGCUCCCCGCACCUGCAGGCGCUUUCCGGCAGCCCUCCGAGCCGUGCCAGGGGCCCGGCCCGCCGGUCCCAGCCCCGAGCCAUGAUGAAGACCUUGUCCAGCGGGAGCUGCACGCUCAGCGUGCCUGCCAAGAACUCGUACCGCAUGGUGGUGCUGGGCGCCUCCAGGGUGGGCAAGAGCUGCAUCGUCUCUCGCUUCCUGAAUGGCCGCUUCGAGGACCAGUACACGCCCACCAUCGAGGACUUCCACCGCAAGGUCUACAACAUCCGGGGCGACAUGUACCAGCUGGACAUCCUGGACACCUCGGGCAACCACCCCUUCCCUGCCAUGCGCAGGCUGUCCAUCCUCACAGGUGACGUCUUCAUCCUGGUGUUCAGCCUGGAUAGCCGGGAGUCUUUUGACGAGGUCAAGCGCCUCCAGAAGCAGAUCCUGGAGGUCAAGUCCUGCCUGAAGAACAAGACGAAGGAGGCGGCGGAGCUGCCCAUGGUCAUCUGCGGCAACAAGAGUGACCACAGCGAGCUGUGCCGCCAGGUGCCCAGCACCGAGGCCGAGCUGCUGGUGUCUGGAGACGAGAAUUGUGCCUACUUCGAGGUGUCGGCCAAGAAGAACACGAACGUGGACGAGAUGUUCUACGUGCUGUUCAGCAUGGCCAAGCUGCCGCACGAGAUGAGCCCCGCGCUGCACCGCAAGAUCUCCGUGCAGUACGGCGACGCCUUCCACCCCCGGCCCUUCUGCAUCCGCCGCGUCAAGGACAUGGAUGCCUACGGCAUGGUGUCGCCCUUCGCCCGCCGCCCCAGCGUCAACAGUGACCUCAAGUACAUCAAGGCCAAGGUCCUGCGAGAGGGCCAGGCCCGAGAGAGGGACAAGUGUGCCAUCCAGUGAGCGGCAGGGACGCUGGGGAGGGCCCCGGGGCAGUGCCUUCAGGGAGGUGGCCCCAGAUGCCCGCUGCCCACAUUCCCCCAGCCAUGGGCGCCCUGGGGGACCAGCCCAGAGGCCCCAAGAUGCUCCGUCCACCCUCCUGCCUUCGUGUCUCUUCCCUGAGGCCUCUUGUCCCUGGCUCCCUGUGGCCCUGGCCUCCACGGGAGGCCCGAUCUUCGAGGACAGGAGGCCAAUUGAGGAGAAGUCAGCGCUGACCCAGAGGCUCAAGUUGGGAGAAACAUGGAUGCCAGAGAGGCCAGGAGCCUUGUGUCACACGGAGCCUCCUGAUACAGAUCCGGACAAAACCACCGGACAUCCAGACACGAGCGGCCUCCUGCUCCCCUGGUGGGGUCGGCGUGGACACGGAUGGGGAGGGGCUCCCUCCCGGCCUGCAGCUCCCCCCUCUGCUCAGUCACGUCCACUCAGCCCUCCUGCUUGGCCCCUGGGCUGCCCCAAUAUGGAGCCGGUGGCCUGUGUGCUGCAUCUCUGAGACUGAGACUGGUCCUGCGCCAGUCUUCUGCCGUCCCGCCCACGUGACGUGUGCUUGUCGUUUUGAAGCUGUUCCUGGUUGUGUUAGCCAUAGACCCAGGUUGUUUGCACCCCCUAGAGCCUAGUGACCCGCCAUACCACCUUUCUGCAGCCCCAUUCCAGUUCCGAGUCCCUGUCUGUCCCAGGCAGGGUGCUGGGGUCGUCUGGGGCUGGAU